AUGAACAAAGAUGAAAAGAGAAGAGAGGAGAAAGGUGUUUUGAGAAAGCGAACGGUAGAAGGUUCCUCUUCCGCCAAGAAGACGACGACGGUGACGACGAAAAAGAAGACGAAGAAGAAGAAAGAUAAAAAGAAAGAGGAGGAAAGAAAGAGCAUCAAAGAAGUGUCGUCUUCUUCUUCGGGAUUCUUGAAAUCGGAAUGGUUUCAAUCCUGGCUCGGUCGGGUGUUGAUUUAUAUGUUCGUGCUCGUCGCGGUGAGAACGCUAAAAUUUUGGAACGCUCGAAAGGAAGGCAAUGGAAGCGGAUUGAAAAGAACAACAGGUGGUGGUGGUGGGAGAAGGUACGACAACUACGGUAAAUCUACGUGCGAUGCGAUUCAGUGCGAUUUCGCGCGCGCGCAGUUGAAAAGAAUCACGCGAGAGGCGUUUCGAGGGACCGCGGUGUGCGCGUUUGAACAGAUAGAGAGUAAUACGAGAUAUAAUAGAGACGGCGGGAGGAGUAUAGACGAGAAUAGCGGCGGAUUCGAAAGCGGCGACGACUUGGCCGAUACUUUUAACGCGAAUAGUAACAAACCGUUAGUCCUCGCGUUAGUCUCGGACGACCAGAGCGAUUUCGAUUCCAUACUCGCGCCGGGAAGCACGCGCAACCCGUUCAAAAUGGCUGAAAAGAAAGGGUGUUUUAAGCGAUUAAUAGUCAACGACCCGUACGAAAGUUCUUUGAAGACGUCGUCGAGAAGUAAGAACAACAAUAAUUUGAGCGACCCGAGAGAAAUUGCCGAACGCAAAGGCGAGAUUCAAAAAGAACUUUCGAAAUUCUUUAUAGAGUGCGGGAAGAAAACCGGCGGCGGCGUCGUUUACGUUCGCAUGGCCAAACACAUAAACGUUAAACUCCUUCCGGCGUUACUCCCGGCUUUCUCCGAAAACGGCGGUUACACCGUCGACGGUGAGCUCGUUCCGUCCAAAGACUUCGUCUUCGUCCUCGAAGUCUUGAAGCCAAUCGUAGAAAAAUCCUCCGCGUUUAGUCGAGAGCGAAGCGAAUACACCAAAGCGUUGAAAAGCGGCAACGAAGCGACGUUUACGAGAAUCGUGAAAAGUAAGCUCGCGUUUUACUGGGGAGUAGACGAAGAAGACGAAUCCUUAUCCGCCAACGCGUUAGCCAUGCGACGAAGAGUCGAUUACGUCGUACCAGUGAGCGUCGUGUUCAACAAAAAUAUUUAA